AGGAGGAGGAGGAGGAGGAGGAGGCGGAAAAAGAGGAGGAAAAGGGAAAAGGAGGAGGAGCGCACGGUGUCCUGUAGCAUGGCAGGUGAAGAAGACUUCUUUCUGGGGGAGAAAAGAUUCAAGCAGUGCUGUCAAGACUUUGUUAAACAUUCGCAGCAGAUAGGAGAUGGCUGGGAGUGGAGAACUAGCAAGGACCCUGGUGAUGGUUAUCUUAGUAAGACACAUUUCCAAGUAAGAAACAGACACAUCCCACCAGACCUCAAGGAGAAAAACAAUGAUAACACUGAACAAAUGUUAUUUGCACAAGUAGAAGAGCCCUCGGAUGACCCUCAGGCCGCUGGGGCUUGCAGCACAGAAGAAGUGGUUCGCUAUGAGUACCACGUCCUCUACUCCAGCAGCUACCAAGUGCCCGUGCUGUAUUUCAGAGCCUGCUUUUUGGAUGGAAGGCCUUUAACUCUGGAUGAAAUAUGGGGAAGUGUUCAUGCAUCCUACCAGGCUCGUCUGCAGGAGGGACCCUGGGACACUAUUACACAGCAGGAGCACCCCAUCCUCGGGCAGCCUUUCUUUGUCCUGCACCCCUGCCGAACCAAUGAAUUCAUCUCUGCUGUGCUGAGAGGCUCACAGCAGCACCACAGAAACACAAAUUACAUCACACUGUGGCUCAGUACUGUAGGCCCAGUUGUGGGCCUGAAUCUGCCUUUGAGUUAUGCAAAACUGGCACCUGAGCAGAGCACAGAUGCUGCUGUGGCUGACAGAGCCAUGAGCUGAAGGACUGGGAGUGGUUAGGUGUGAUAAAGCUGCUGCAGACUUCCCUGGGGACGAAGUUGAAGGAUCCUUCCAGGCUGGUCAGCCACGCCAGAGUGGAAAUGGUUGCUCAUGGCUCUUUCUCUGGCCAGAACUCGCCACUGAUGAUGGUGGGAAUUGGCUGCAGCUGUGGGAGCACCUCCCCAGCAGCACCCAGGCCUGGCCUCCCCUGAAGUCACUCCUGCCUCCCUGUGCCUCUGCCCUUGCUGAGGCUGCACACAGAUGCACAAGCCAGAGCCAGAGUUGCUGGAUCCACUUACCCCUAGAAAAUCUGCACCAUCUGUGGGGCAGAAAAUGCAGUAUAAACACAGAGGAACGCUCGUGGGACGCGGCGUGAGCUUGUGGCAGCCAAGGGUGUGGGCUGAGGCUGCUUCACCUGGGAGCCACCUUCUCCACCAGAGCCUGGUGAGCGACCAGCCCGUGUUGCCCAGCGCACAGAACAUCCUCAUCCCGGGAAUAUCCCCCACACAUCACACCCCAGGGAGCAAACGGGGUCGGGGCUGUCACAAACAGAGCCCUCGGAGCCUGCGCUGAGCGAGCAGGUCCAGCUCUGGAGCUCAGGUGCCUGGAGCAGCCGUGUGGGAAUAUCUGGCUCUGCCGUGCUCCGCUGCCCGCCAGGGAAGCUCUCCGUGCCCCCCAGGAGCUGCUGCUGUUCCCAGUUAGUGUUUCUCCUUGUAGCUGUGGUUGUUCACAGGUUUGCUCCCUACCCUGCACUGCUUCUGCGGCCUCCCCUGACAGCUGUUGGUUUUUGGGGAAUUGCCUGGUGGUGCUGCCACUGAGAACCAGAUUACGAGGAGCUUCCCUACAACCCAUCCUGGCUUCUCUCCCAGUCCCAUUUUAUUUCCAGUGUAAAACAGAGUCUGAGCAGCUGACACUGGAACACAGAUUUUACUCUGUGCAUUCAGCAAUUGUCACUUGCACGCAGAGUCUAGGGUGUGCCACGUCAGAGCUGGGAGUGUGAAAUGCAUCCCAGAUUCUGUUUUUUCAGAUUAUGUUUUUAACUUCCACUACUUGCCAUUGGUGGAUAUGGAAUGCAGAGUGCAGUCCUUCAAAUUCCAUGGGUGCGGAAUUUGUUUGCCAGACAUUUGUAAUUAAUAAUUAAAGCACAUUGUUUAUUUUGUUCUGUGUCAUAUCAACCUGGAAAGCCAUCUUUCCCAUGUAAGAUUUACAAAAUAUGGCUCGCAGCUACAUUGGUUUUUGUAACACUUUUGGUAACACGUGCUG